AUGACAGAGAAUAAUUUCACAGAAGUGACACUCUUCAUGCUCAGUGGAUUUUCAGAUCAUCCAGAAUUACAAGUCACUCUGUUCUUAAUAUUCCUUUUCAUCUAUUUAUUCACUGUGUUGGGCAAUCUUGGGCUAAUCAUGUUAAUCAGAAUUGACUCUCAGCUUCACACACCUAUGUACUUUUUUCUCAGCAAUUUAGCAUUCAUUGACAUAUUUUAUUCCUCCACUGUAACACCCAAGGCACUAGUCAAUUUCCAGUCCACACAGAAAUCAAUUUCCUUUGUAGGCUGCUUUGUUCAAAUGUAUUUCUUCGUUGUUGUGUGUAGUGAGUGUUUCCUUCUGGGAUCAAUGGCCUAUGAUCGCUAUGUGGCAAUCUGCAAUCCCUUGCUAUAUUCUGUGAUUAUGUCCCAGAAGGUGUGUAACUGGCUGGGAGUGAUACCAUAUGUAAUUGGAUUUACAAACUCUCUGAUAUCUAUCUGUGUGAUAAGCAGUUUGCCAUUCUGUGAUUCCUACAUCAAUCAUUUCUUUUGUGACACCACAGCUCUUUUAGCCCUGUCCUGUGUAGAUGCCUUCAGCACAGAACUUGUGAUCUUUGUUCUAGCUGGGUUCACACUCCUCAGUUCUCUCCUCAUCAUUGCUUCCACUUAACUCAUCAUCAUCUCUGCCAUCCUCAGGAUCCCAUCAGCAGCUGGCAGGUGGAAGGCCUUUUCUACCUGUGCCUCCCACCUCACAGGGGUCACUGUCUUCUAUGGCUCCUUGAUUUUCACCUAUUUGCAACCUGAUAACACAUCAUCCCUCACCGAGGCACAAGUGGCUUCUGUAUUCUACACCAUUGUUAUUCCAAUGCUGAACCCACUGAUUUACAGUCUGAGGAACAAAGAUGUGAAAAAUGCUCUCCUGAGAGUCAUCCACAGGAAACUUUUUCUAUGA